UAAUAUGAACAGAACUUCCUUAUAACUCACUGCACGUGUUUCUUCGUACAAAUACCCUUUUGCUAAAUUUUCUAUACGAAGACUUUGCAGGAAGAUCAACACGUUUCAGCAACAACAACAGCAGCAUCCUGUUGUGCGUCCAGCUGAAAUUAAAGGAUGGGGUACAUGACAGUAGAGGUGAACACCUCCACCUUGCUCCACCUGAAGAGAUCCCCUGGCAUUCGCUCCUGGUCUCUUCUUGUCGGUAUAGCUUCUGUUGGGUUGGCAGCUGCAUACUACAGCUCAGACAGCAUAUUAUGGAAACUUUUUUACGUUACCGGCUGUCUCUUUGUGGCAAUGCAGAACAUGGAGGAAUGGGAGGAGGCUGUGUUUGACAAAACCAAGAACCUGAUCGAGCUGAAGACCAUAAGCUUGUACACUUUAAUCCUGACAUUAAGACGGAAGGGCCAAGAGAAAAUUGUGUUGGACCUGACACAUCUACGUGAUAUCUCCAUCCAGGAAGAGAAGGUGCGUUAUUUGGGGAAAGGCUAUGUGCUGGUGUUGCGGCUGGCUACAGGGUUCUCCUACCCCCUAACUCAGAAUGCCACACUGGGAGGACGCAGCGAUGUGGAAGCUAUAUCUGUACUGCUGAAGCGCUUCCUGGGACUGGAGGAGCUGCAGCGACGCCAGCAGCAGGAGGAGGAGGCAGAGUAUGGAGAGGACGCAGUCGAUUCUAUGGAUAGCAGUGGUUCAGAGGGUGAAGCAGGCGAACUCUGAUCUCUGUGUGACCUUCAGUCAUACUGUAACUUUGGGUGGAUGGAGUUGGGGCAUUGGGGCAUUGCUAAAACAUGACUGAGAGUACAGUUUCAGCAAUGCCUUCAUUACAUGUUAUACUUCAAGCAUGUGCAUGUAAAACCAAUGAUGACACCUCCUUCUGUGUCUCCUUACAGACUUCUACCCUCUGUGAUAUGUCAGGUAGCCUAGGGAGACUACAUUUUUAUUUAAUUUUCAUGUCAGCUGCAAGAAAAAAACAUCAUCCGAUUAUGUGUUUUGGCAUGCAAAUGUUUCAUAGAUUAGUCAGGUUUCUUAAAAAGGAGGUUCCAGGCAACAUGUCGAGACUUUUUCUUGCGUUGUACUGUGUAUAUAUAGCUUUCUCUAAAUGUAUAUCAUGUCUUACCUUUUAUUGACCUAAUUACUGUUUGAGAAUACACUCCAGACUUACAGA